AAAAAUCAAAUUAAAAUAGAUAUGUAUAUGCGACGGCGAGGUUUGCAACUUAACGAGCAAUUUGAAAUAGGUAGAUGCGGGCAACUCGUCCAGAAACUUCUUGAAUCUCGUUUCAAUUGCCGAGUCUGAACUGAACCAGCGAUUUGCUGUAUCGGAAUUCGUUUCCUUUCACUUCUCGAAUGAUCAGAAGUGUGUUAGUUGAUCUUAGUGCUUUAUAAGUUGGGAAAUUUUGGAGGCAAGUUUAAAUAGGUUGUGGCAUGUUGGCUCACUCCCAUGGUUCUUCCUUGAUGUACAAGCGCAUGCCAUCAAGGGACGGUGCAAAUCCAGUUGACUUAGAAGAUGAGUCAGGUCUUUUGCAGGAUGAUAUGGUUCAAGAGCUUACUCACCCACCUUUGAUAAAUUCUCUGCCCCACGUAGUUGUGGCAACCAUAGUUUCAUUCUUGUUCGGUUACCAUCUUGGAGUAGUUAACGAACCACUUGAAAGCAUAUCCUAUGAUCUGGGUUUCAAUGGAAAUAGUUUAGCUGAAGGUUUUGUGGUCAGUACGUGUCUUGGUGGUGCCUUUAUUGGAUCUCUAUUAAGUGGUUGGAUUGCUGAUGGAGUUGGCAGGCGUAGGGCUUUUCAGUUGUGUGCUAUGCCUAUGGUUGUUGGUGCUGCCUGUAGUGCGACAACCAGCAAUUUGGGAGGGAUGCUACUAGGAAGGUUUUUGGUUGGGAUCGGGUUGGGUAUUGGACCUUCUGUUGCAUCUCUCUAUAUCACAGAGGUUUCUCCUCCUUCUGUGCGGGGUACUUAUGGAAGCUUCAUUCAAAUUUCAACGUGCUUAGGAUUACUAGGAUCUCUUUUGAUAGGAAUUCCUGUUAAAAGUAUUCCAGGCUGGUGGCGUAUGUGCUUUUGGCUAUCUACUAUUCCAGCCAUUGUACUGGCUAUCGCUAUGAUGUUCUGUGCUGAAAGUCCCCAUUGGCUCUGCAAGAGUGGAAGAAAUGCUGAAGCUGAGGUUGAGUUCCGGAAGCUCUUAGGAGCUGCACAUGUCAGAUCUGCAAUGGCAGAGCUGUUGAAGUCCAACAGAGGGGAUGAAAACGAUACUGUUACGAUUUCAGAACUUCUUUGUGGGCGCCAUUCUAGAGUUGUUUUUAUUGGAUCAACCCUAUUUGCUUUACAACAGCUAUCUGGCAUAAAUGCUGUAUUUUAUUUCUCUUCAACUGUAUUUAGAAGCGUGGGAGUUUCACCAAACCUUGCCAACGCCUUUGUGGGGAUUGUGAACUUAUUGGGAUCUAUAAUCGCAUUACUUCUGAUGGAUAAACUUGGGAGGAGGGUCCUUCUUCUGUGGAGCUUCUUUGGCAUGGCCAUAUCUACAGUUUUCCAAGUAGUUGCAGCAGGUCUGUUUGCAUCAACUUCUGGAGCUCUAUACCUGUCUGUCGGUGGCAUGCUAAUGUUUGUGUUUUCAUUUGCUGUUGGAGCUGGUCCUGUGCCUGGUCUGUUGCUAUCAGAAAUCUUUCCAAGCCGAAUAAGAGCAAAAGCAAUGGCCUUUUGUAUGUCAGUUCAUUGGGUGUUCAAUUUCAUAGUAGGGUUAUUGUUUCUGCGUCUGCUGGAGGUAAUGGGCCCACAAUUGUUGUACACAAUGUUUGGUGCGAUUUGCUUGAACGGUGUGAUGUUUGUAAAGAAACACAUAAUGGAAACGAAAGGGAAGUCGCUUCAAGAAAUCGAGAUUGCCCUUUUACCGCAAGAAUACAACAUUUGAAAAUUUUGAUUAUUCAUGUAUGAAUUAUAUAACAGCUAGUAUUUCUUUACUACUUGGUGUUUCGAUCUUCCACACUGCAUAAGGAU